UUGAUACUUUUGAUUUGCGUAUGCAAUGGAUCUCGAUACAGAAAGUACAACCACGUCGAUUGAUGACAAAACAGAAGAUUUUGGAGAAAAUCCUACGCGUGACACUUUGGCGGAGGGUUUGAUGUGUUUAUUGAAACCCACUAUUGAUCAGCUGGAUGACAGAGUUCGGGCUGUAAGGAUAAGCCAAGUGGAACUGAAACAGCAGAUCGAUGGUUUGUCCGAGGAACUGAAGAAGAUAUCGGACAGCCAGGCGUGUCCGCUCGAGUUCGACGCAUACGUGCGCAAGCUCAUGAACGCCAAGCUGAAAGUGACGGUGGUUAGCAACAUUCUGCAGACAGCACAGGAGCGCCUGAACAAGGUCCACGCCAACAUCCUGAAGGAGGCCGCGAAGCGCAAGACCCUGCUGGAGCCCUCGGCCAGGGCCGCGCCUCUGGAGGCGUCCCAGCCGUCCAUACAGUGACCAGUCGUUAACCUUACU